AUUGAGAAUGCUUCAAGAAGCAUUUUCAAUGUGAUUACUAGUGACCAAGAUGUUGUUCAAAUCACUUCUAAUCAAUUAAGCUCUAAAUCAUCUCAAUCCAAAAAACGUGUAACUUUAAAAGGUUAUGAAAAACAGGAAUUAUGUUUACAAAAACAGCAAAAUCCACAAAUUACAAGAGCUCAAUUAGCUACUGAAUUUAAUAUUGCUCUGAAUACCGUUAAUGAUAUUCUUAAACGAAAGGAUUAUUGGUUAAAUAUUGAUCCAAAUAGUUUUGCUACCAAAUCACAAAGAAAUCGUUUACCUGGUUUUCCUUUAAUAGAACAAGCACUUUUAAUUUGG